GCGGAAGCUUGUAUCUGUCGUCGGGUCGCACGGCUUGCGGCAUGGCUUUCCGGCAGGCGCUUCAGCUGGCGGCCUGUGGUCUGGCCGGUGGCUCGGCUGCUGUUCUCUUCUCGGCGGUAGCGGUAGGGAAGCCGCGAGGUGGCGGGGAUGCAGACACGCGCGCGACCGAGCCCCCGGCCUGGACGGGAGCGCGCCCCGGGCACGGCGUCUGGGACUCCAACUGGGACAGGCGAGAGCCACUGUCACUCAUUAACCUGAAGAAAAGGAACGUGGAAUCUGGAGAAGAUGAACUGGCAUCCAGGCUGGACCACUAUAAGGCAAAGGCUACAAGGCACAUAUUCCUCAUCCGGCAUUCCCAGUACCACGUGGAUGGCUCACUGGAGAAGGACCGCACCCUGACCCCAUUAGGUCGGGAACAGGCUGAACUCACAGGGCUUCGACUCGCAAGCCUGGGAUUAAAGUUUAAUAAAAUUGUCCAUUCCUCUAUGACCCGUGCAGUAGAGACCACAGACAUCAUCAGUAAGCACCUGCCAGGUGUCUGCAGGGUCAGCACAGACUUGCUACGGGAAGGUGCCCCCAUUGAACCGGAUCCACCCGUCUCUCAUUGGAAACCAGAGGCCGUGCAGUAUUAUGAAGACGGAGCCCGGAUUGAGGCUGCCUUCAGGAACUACAUCCACAGAGCUGAUGCCAAGCAGGAGGAGGACAGCUAUGAGAUCUUCAUAUGCCAUGCCAAUGUCAUCCGCUAUAUUGUUUGUAGAGCAUUACAGUUUCCCCCAGAAGGUUGGCUCCGCUUGUCCCUCAACAACGGCAGUAUCACCCACCUGGUAAUCCGACCCAAUGGUCGUGUUGCGCUCAGGACCCUUGGGGACACAGGGUUCAUGCCCCCAGACAAGAUUACUCGGUCCUGAGGCUGCCUGUAAGACUGCACCCUGACCUCUGCUGGUGGCUUGGCUAUGGCCUUUCCUUGUCUUCCACAGCUGUGCUGUGGCUUCUUGUUGUCUCCAGAAGAGGAUAUCUCAAAUGUCACAUUUGGGUGCUUAUUUCUGGCUUAGGCUGAAGAAGGCAACUUAUGAAUUAUAUGGCCUUUUUGAAAGCUUUCUACUUUACCAUUACCACCAGCACAGUCCUAUGCGGUGUGACAGGAACCUUCCUAGGCAGAAGGCAACCCUGUCAUGGAUAUUGUAUUGGCCUGGGUGUACUGUAUCACGUGAUUACAGUAGAUCAACUGAGCAACCAUAACCUCUGGCAGAGACAUGUCAGGUAGUAUAGUGGUUGUUUAUAGGUGAUUUUUUCAUAUACUGCAAUCUAGGGACUUUGGUUGCUUAUUUAUCAAAGCUCUUCCUCAUGUGGGUUCUUGCUUUGAAAACCAGCUUCUCAGCUGGCAUCUGAAUGAAGGACCAAGGGGCUGGCUUACUAUAAGGUAGAUAAAAUUCUUGAAAGAAGUUGCACUGCAAAAGACUGUGGCCUAUAUAAGGCAAGUAGGUGACAGUUCUAUAAGAGGUUCUUUGGAGGCAGAGAUACAGCCCCCACUGACUGACCAGAGAGGGUGGCAUAUACUUGUAAUUCUAGCCUUUGGGAGGCAGAAGCAGGAUCAUGAGUUUCUAGCCAGCCUGAGUUAGGUUGAAAGACCUAGAAAAUUAUCCCUGACUGACAGUUCCAUCCUAGUUUGCUACUGGUUACCGUUAACCUUGGACUUGUAGGUUAUUUAGAAAUGAUGUGUUUACUCCAGGUAUUCUGAUAACUUAAGAAAAAACUGGCUUUUGUUUAUGUGGUUUUUGUUUUUUGAGACAGAUCUUGCUCAGGCUAGCUUCAAACUUGAGGCCCUUCUCAGUCUUGUAAAUGUUGGGAUUGCAAGUAUAUACUACCUUACUUGCCCCCCUUUCAAGCCCCCCCAAAAAACCCAGUACAGUUUUUAAUGACGUGGUUGUGAGCAUCUUCUGUAAUCAAUGCAAUGAAUUGGAAUAUUUGAUGUACCUCUCUGUCCUCUUUGGAAAUAAGUAUGUAAUAAAAUUUUACUUUUU